AUGCAACUCUCCUCUCUCACAUCGUCACUUUUGUCGUUGACAUUGCCUCUCUCACACUACCUGAGCAAUGUUUCCCUCUUUAGUCUUUUGCUGAUAAUUCUUGUUUCCCUUUAUGGAGAAACAACUGUGAAGCAAAUCAAAGAUGCAUUUAAAGAGUUCUCAUCCAGGGAGGAUAUUGCAAUAGUGCUGAUUAGCCAGUAUGUUGCGAAUAUGAUAAGGUUUUUGGUUGAUAGCUACAACAAACCAAUCCCUGCAAUUUUGGAGAUUCCUUCUAAGGAUCAUCCAUAUGAUCCUGCGCACGAUUCAGUUCUUUCACGAGUGAAACACCUUUUCUCUGCGGAAUCUGUGGCAUCUGGGAGACGCUAA